UGAGCCGAUUCUCUCAGAGCCCAGGGCUCGGCCAGCGUCUUCAGCGGGGUCCCAUUUUUCCGGUUUCCGGCGGCUGCGCCGCUUGUCUCCGAAGCUUGGAGUUACGCCCUCUGGAGAGCUCGCUAGCGCCCUCCGUUCAGCUCCGAACCCCCUCAAGAGUUCCUCCGGGGCAACUUCAGCCCAACAUUUCCUCGCUCCGAUUCUUGCCCCUUGGAGGACCCCGGUCCCACACUGUCCACUUUCUUGGAUGUGCUGACCCCUCCCACCCCUCUAAAAUGUCCAAUAACCUGCAGGGAGUCUUCUUGAAAGCCGCUGAGGAAAAGUCAGGCAACGCCUCGCACUGUUUAUGCAAUUGAAUUUUUUGGACCCUGGUAUGUUGGGGUAUGCUAAAGUAAACAAGAAAAUGGAUGGGAUUGCCCAAGAGAACAUAUAAUUCUGAUGUUUCAGGCUGCAUGUACCAAGUAGUUCAGACGGUUGGCUCGGAUGGAAAAAAUCUUCUGCAAUUACUUCCAAUUCCUAAUUUCUCUGGAAAUCUUAUACCACUAGUUCAAUCUUCAGUUAUGUCUGAUGCUUUGAAAGGGAAUACAGGAAGCCCAGUUCAAGUUACUUUUCAGACUCAGAUUUCCAGCUCCUCCACAAGUGCAUCAUCACCUCAAUUGCCCAUUUUUCAGCCAGCCAGUUCUUCAAACUAUCUAUUUACAAGACCAGUAGAUACAGCAGAAAAAGUUAGAGUCACUUCUGUGAGAACUGAAAGUUUUACCUCACCAGUUUCUAAAGUUCAGAGUCAUGGUGUGAAAAUUGAUGGACUCACCAUGCAAACAUUGGCUGUUUCUUCCUCCUCAACACAAAAUGAUUCAUCUUACAUUUUAGUAAGUCCUCAGAGUCUUCCAAUGACUGUGAAAUCUCCAGUUUUGCCUUCUGGGCAUCAUUUACAGAUUCCAGCGCAUGCUGAAGUGAAAUCUGUACCAGCGUCGUCAUUGCCUCCUUCAGUUCAGCAAAAGAUACUUGCAGCUGCAACCACAAGCACCUCAGGAACAGUUGAGGCCUCCCAAAUACCAUCUGUUAUUUACGUAUCUCCUGUAAAAACAGUGAAAAAUGUAGUUACCAAGAACUUUCAACACAUUUAUCCAAAACCUGUUACAGAAAUAGCAAGGCCAGUGAUACUAAAUACCACACAAAUUCCAGUGAAUGUUGCUAAAGAGACACAAUUAAAAGGUGGUCAGCAUUCUCAAGCUGCUCCAGUGAAAUGGAUUUUUCAAGAAAAUCUACAGCCUUGUACUCCAUCUCUUGUUCCUGUUAAGUCUUCAAAUAAUGUGGCUUCACAGAUUUUAAAAAGUUUUGUAGAAAAGAAAAGUUUGGGAGAUAAUACUAUAAAUGUGCCACCAUUGAGUACCAUCAGUCAUAGUGGGACACAGUCCAAAAGUAUGCCUAUUAAGGAUAAUGCUUUGGUUAUGUUUAAUGGGAAAAUCUAUCUGUUGGCUAUAAAGGGGACAGAUGUUUUGCCAUCACAAAUUGAUCAACAGAAUUCUGUUUCUCCUGAUAUUCCGCCAAGAAAAGAUGUAUCACAGAUAGUGAGUUCAAGUCCAGUCUCAGAAAUAUCCAGAGAGGUUGUAAAUUUUGUUUUGGCUAAAAAUAAAUCUUCCCAGAUGGAGACAAAAUCACUUUCAAAUACCCAGCUUGCUUCCAUGGCCAAUCUAAGGGCAGAGAAGAAUAAAAAAGUGGAGACAACAUCUCUUUCUAUCCUAAACCCACAUAAUCUGAACCCAUCCAUUAACUACUUAAAACAGAGUAAGACUUUAUUCAUAAAGGCAGACUUUCCACAUGGAUUUAGUACAGGACAAAAUGCCCCCCCAAAAGAAAAUAUCAUCCAGAGCAUAGAGAAAAUAAGUUCCUCUGUUGAUGCAACAAGUAUUACUUCACAACAGUGUGUUAUCAGAGACCAAGAACCAAAGAUCCAGAAUGAGAUGGCAUCAACGUUAGAAAAAGUUACUCAAGAAAAAAAUGAUAAGAAAAAUUCUCAAGGAAGAAACAAUAAAGCGUAUCUGAAGACUGAUGCUGAAUUGAAAAAGCUAUUUGGUCUCACUAAAGAUUUGAGAGUAUGCCUUACUCGGAUUACUGACCAUUUGGGUACUGGAGAAGGUUUUGAUUCCUUUAGGAGUUUGGUGAAGAGUGACAGAGAGACAAAGUUUACAGGGAAAGAGGAAGAGAGGAAACAGGGUUUUGAUAAGAAAAGAAAAGCAAAAACUGUUAAGAAGAUGGAUCACACAAAGAAGAGAAAAACUGAGAGUGCUUAUACAGCUGUAAAUGGAGGAACUAAUGUCACUAGUUCCCAACUCAUUAGUUGUAUUUUACCAGCUUCGGAUGUAUCACACCAUAACGUUGUCACAAGCUGCAAUAAAACCAGGGAAGAAAAGAGAACUGCAGUAGAACACUGUACACGUGAGAACCAGGAAAAAGAUUCAUUGAGUCCAAAUGCAGAUUUUGAACAAAGCCAUUCCUUUAAUAAAAAUUAUACUGAAGAUAUUUUUCCCAUGACACCACCAGAGUUAGAAGAAACCAUUCGAGAUGAAAAAAUAAGAAGACUUAAGCAGAUGCUGAGAGAGAAAGAAGCAGCCCUUGAAGAAAUGCGCAAGAAGAUGCACCAAAAAUAAAAUGUUGCUGUACUUAAAGACUUCAAUGAAUUAGCUCUCUGUUUACCAUAUACUUUUGAAUUAAGUUAACUGUAGAUGCAUUCUGAAAGUGUCUUUGAAUAUGAAAUUUGUUUUUUCAUCAGUUUAUUAUAAAAUGUUAUUUAAGGAAUGCAGAAAAGGUUGAUUCACAUAUAAAUCUUUGGUAUAAUCUACAUGGGAUAUCUAAAUCUUUGUUUAACCUUUUUUUGGAAGGAAAAGUAGUCUAAUUUUUGUUAUCUUUAACUAGAAUUCCCCAAGUUUGAAUAUUUAGGCAGGAUUUUUGUUAUUGUUUGUAUCUUUUUUAAAUUAUUUUUUUUUUUAUUUUUAUCCUCACCUGAGGAUAUUUUUUGUAUUGAUUUUAGAAAGGAAGGGGGGUUGGGGAGAGAUACAUUAAUCAGUUGCUUCCAGUAUGUGCCUGGUCCAGGGAUAGAGCACACAGUCUGGAUAUAUGCUCUGACCAGGGAUUGAACCUGCAACCCUUUGGUGUAUGGGACAGUGCUCCAACUAGCUGAGUCAACCAACCAGAGCUGUUGUUUAUAUCUUUAGCUAAAUUGCUCAGGUAUUAUUCCAAUAAAAGAUAAUUAUUAUAUGCCAUUGAAAUUAUUUAAGAAUUCAGCUCUAAACUUAGCUUUGUUGGGCUUGUAUAUAUACUCAGUCUCUUUACCCAUGAAGUGAUACCUUCUGCUCACCAUUGUAAUUUUUUUAAAAUUUCAUAAAAAAAAUAUUAAGCAGCAUUAUUUAAAAAUUUAAACAUUUCUCAAGAUUGAGGGACAAUUGUUUUGUAACUUUUACAUGAUAGUUUCAUAUAAUCCAAAAUGAGUUUUAGAAUUCAGGCUAUAUAAUGUAUUGUUUGCCUAACGUGAUAUGUUACCGCCUCUAGGGAAAUGCUUUUUUUAUGACUAUGGACAUAUGUGACUUGGACUGUGUGAAAAAUAAAUGUGAACAAUGGCCACAUUUAAUACCUUUUAAAAAUAUAAAAUGUGGUUUUUCUUAAAAGAGACAAACAGUUUUCUGUCUGGUUAUCUUUGAUUUGGAGAGUUUGGAAGUGGUGGAGAGAGAAUGAUGAAGGGGAAGGAAGAAAAGGUUAUUUAAAAAGAUGAUUAACAAAUCCCUGGAAGGAAAGUCAAAUAAAACCUGUACAUUGACAACAAAAUAGAAAAAAGCA